AUGAAGGAUGCUCUAGAGCGCCUUGCAGAUGUGGAUGAGCUCGAUAUACAGACUUCAAGGUGGAGGGAUGCGGUCAGGGAGAUGUCUUACGACAUCGAAGAUAUUAUUGAUGACUUCAUGUGCAAAAUUGGGGAGAAAAGCAAAAAAUCUGGGUUUGUCCACGACACCAUUCAACGCCUCAGAACUUCAAGGGCUCGUCAUCAGAUUGCCGGCCAGAUUGAGGACAUCAAGAAACUCGUGCAUGAAACAAGUGCACGUCGUGAGAGGUAUAAGGUUGAUGUCCCCACAUCACACAAUGUGGCUGUUGACCAACGGGUUGUCGCACUCUAUGCAAAUGCAGCUAAACUUGUUGGUAUGGAGGGCCCAACCAAUGAGCUUGUCGGUUGGCUGAAAGACAAUGAGAAGAAGCUGAAGGUUGUAUCGAUUGUUGGUUUUGGAGGUUUGGGAAAAACAACACUCGCAAAUGAGUGCAGUUACUUGGUUAUCAUCGAUGAUCUAUGGGAUGUAUCAGCAUGGAAUAUUAUUAGAUGUGCUUUCCCAGAAAAUAAUCUUGGUACUAGAUUAAUAAUAACUACAAGAAUCAAGACUGUGGCUGAGGCAUGUUGUUUCGGUCACCAUGAGCACAUUCUUGAAAUGAAACCUCUUAGUGAAGAAGACUCAAGGAAAUUGUUUUUUGAUAGGAUAUUUUGCUCUGGAGAAGCUUGUCUAGGUCAACUCAAAGAUGUUUUAGUUGAGAUUCUCAAGAAAUGUGGUGGUUUGCCACUUGCAAUCAUUAGCAUAUCAAGCCUAUUAGCAAGUGAAAGUGCAGACCAGAAGGAGAGGUGGGAAAAUGUACUGAAUUCUUUGGGAUCAGUGUCAGGCACAAACCUCACCUUGGAAGCAAUGAGACAGAUCUUGAACCUUAGCUACAAGAAUCUUCCUCACCACCUCAAGACAUGCUUCUUGUAUCUUGGUAUGUUUCCAGAGGACUCUGAAAUAUAUAGGCACCAGUUGGUCAGACUAUGGGUGUCUGAAGGUUUCGUUAGCAAAGCACGUGGUCAAAGGCCAGAACAGACUGCGACAAGUUAUUUCAAUGAGCUUGUCAACAGGAGCCUUAUUCAACCUAUAGAUAUCGACACGAAUGGGUCAGUGAGAACUUGCAAAGUACAUGAUAUGUUGUUGGAUCUUAUCUUGUACAAGUCUGCACAAGAGAAUUUUAUCACUGUAGUAGACAACCCGGAGGCCAUUAUAGGACCGCUUCAAAAGCCCCGUCGGGUGCUCUUCAACUUGGUUAGUGCAACAUUGCCAGGGGAUGUUAGUGUGCCACAAGUGCGAUCGUUUGCAAAUUGGAGAGGCUCCGUGCACAUACCAUCUCUGGCAGAGUUCAAGUAUCUUCGAGUUUUUGUUGCUGAUUUCAGUUCUUGUUCUGCUGAUGGCAGCCAGAAAAUCGACCUGACAGGACUCUGUAAGUUAUAUCAGCUGCGACAUAUAUGGAUUCGUGGUUGCUGGAAGUGCCAGCUACCAACCAAAAUUAUGGGGUUACAGAUGUUGGAAACAUUUGAUAUAGAUGGGUCCUGUAUCCCAACGGAUAUUUUUCACCUGCCGUGCUUGUUGGAUCUGAUUAUUCCAUCCGUUAAAAGGCUGCCUGAGGGCAUUGGUAAAAUGGCAUCCCUACAACUUCUGAAUCAUUUUGACACACUGCACACCUCACUCGACAGUAUCAAGGGCCUAGGAGAGCUCUCCAAUCUGAGUACUCUAGUUCUCAGAACUGUUUUUUCUGAAGACGUGGACAUGGAUGUUCUAAACUCUUCUUUGGCAAAACUUUCUAACCUCGAGUCCCUAGAAAUAAUUUCACCUGAUUCUUGGAUACCUGAGGCUCUAACCUUGUCGCCUCCUCCCCCCAACCUUGUGAAACUCUACAUGAUUAAAAGGUCCCACGUCCCAAACUGGAUUGGGGAACUCCAUAACCUCCAGACCUUGUAUCUCACUGUCGAGAAGCUGGAAAAGGAUGGUGUUCGUAUUCUUGCGGAGUUACCAGCCCUCGUGAACCUGAAAUUAACGUUUGAUAGAGCGCUGGAAGAAACAAUUGCCAUUGAUGGUACGACAUUCGCAAUCCUAAAGCUGUUUCAUAUCAGCUGCAAGAACAUGCCACACCUGACCUUCCAAGGUGGGGCAAUGCCUAAACUCGAGACCCUCUCUCUGCCGUUGAACGCCAAGGGAUGGAAGCAGGAAAAGAAUGCUGCACCUACAGGCAUCGAGCACUUGUUAGCACUUAAAAGAAUCUCUGUGGGGAUCGGGAGUGAUACUGAAUCUGAACAGAGAAGCGCAGAGUCAGCCAUUAGGAGCACUAUCAGCAUGCAUCCCAACCAUGCUCACAUUACAAUCAAUAUAUGGUGA